CCAAAAUUUCAUUUCCCACUCAGUCUCAUCAACUCAAUAAUUAAUAGUCAAACUCAUCGAUCAACUCUAAACAUUUUAUUUUAACCUCUGAUUUCUAUCUUUGAAAUUACUUAAUGACGACUACCGGAUUCGUAAAAUGCAGCAAAAUCCGUCACAUUGUCCGGCUGAGGCAAAUGCUACGGAGGUGGCGGAACAAGGCGAGAAUAUCAGCCAACAACAAGACACCGUCCGAUGUUCCGGCAGGACACGUGGCGGUGUGUGUGGGCAGCAGUUGCAGGAGAUUUGUGGUUCGGGCUUCCUACUUGAACCACCCAGUUUUCAAGAAGCUUCUUCACCAAGCCGAGGAAGUUUACGGCUUCAGCCACCAUGGCCCACUCGCCAUCCCUUGCGAAGAGUCACUCUUCGAAGAUAUUCUCCGAUACAUUUCCCGAUCUGAGUCGUCGGCCAACUCCACUAGUCGGUUCCUCAAUCUCGACGACUUUCAAAGGUAUUGCCACCUCCAUCUCUGGUCCGAUUCUAGGCCGUUGCUUCAAGGAAUAUUGGCGGAGAAAACCAUUUGGUGAAUAAUUAAUAUUAAUAAUAAAGCCAACCCAUUCUUAACUCACUUGAGUUGGCUUUAUUAAAACUAAUAAAGCUUCGACGAAUGCUAUGGAGAUGGCAAAUUGAGUGGGACAGUUAUCCACACAGUCGUCCCGGGUUCGAAGAAACGGUGAUGAGGAAAGGAUGCCAUCGGACUUUUUUUUUUUUUUUUUUUUUUGGGCUUCGUUAAGCGGAGGUACACUACAAAAGUACAAACAAGAAAGUGAAAGAAAAUAAUAAUCACAAUGACCAUCUUAGUCAUUUUUUUUCUUUUGUAAAUUAUGUAAUUUAUUGAUUUAUUAAUGUAACAAAAUUGUAGAGAAAUUCUACCUUUUUUUUCAUUA